CUCGUUCCCGACCUCGUCCCGCUGCUGCGUACCAUAGCCAGCUGGCUUUCUAGCCAAUCCACGGUCUUUUGUCCACCUUUACGCUCGCUACACAAAAACCUUCUUACACGCUCGCCCCCGACGAGGACGGUUAAUCGACAGCCCACAACACACCUAGCAACGUGCCCCAUCACAUUCAUAUCCAACGAUGAAGUUCUCGCUCGGCCUCCUCUCCCUGCUCGCUGUCGCGACGCCGCUCGUCUCGGCGGAGCACGUUCCCGUUCAUCGCCGCCACAACGGCAUCGCGAAGCGCGCAUCGGGCGACAUCCAGCUGCACAAGCGGUUCUCUAACGCUCGCUUCACGUUCUACGAUGUUGGCCUUGGCGCUUGUGGCAUUAACAACGUCCCCAGUGACUUCAUCGUCGCCCUCAACAGCGCCCAGUACGGAGGCGGCUAUCCCGGCCCCCACUGCUUCGCCAUGAUCACCAUCACGGUCAACGGCAAGACGGCCCAGGCUCAGAUCACCGACGAGUGCCCCGGCUGCCCAUACGGCGGUCUCGACUUCUCCCGCGGCCUCUUCGACCACUUCGCGGACGAGUCCGUCGGCGUCCUGUACGGCGAGUGGUCCUUCAACGACGGCAGCAGCGACCCGACCACGUCCUCGACCCACACCACGCACAAGACGACCUCGACCUGGAAGGCGCCCUCCACCACCUCCACUUGGGAGCCUCCCUCUACCACCUCCACUUGGGAGCCUCCCUCUACCACCUCCACCUGGGAAGCGCCGACCACGACCUCGAGCAAGAAGCACAAGUCGAGCACGUCCUCCACGUGGAGUUCGUCCUCCAGCUCGUGGAGCUCGUCCUCCAGCAGCGAGGCCCCCUCCUCGUCCGCCCCUCCCUCGAGCUCGAGCGCCGCGCCGUCCUCGUCGGCCGCGUCCAGCUCGGCUGUGUCCAGCUCGGCCGCGGCUGUCGUCAGCUCGACCCCGGAGGACCCCGAGAUCAUCAACGCCAUGAACCAGGCCAUGAUGGGCAUCAGCGGCCUCAUCGUCGCCGGCGCUUUGUAGGCCACGAUAACAUCCCAGCACGAUGACGAUUUCCUGGGCUGCGUUCUCUUCUCAUAGGGAGGUGUUCGAGACCGACGUUUCGUACCACCCUGAUUCGCGAUCGUUCGGAGGUAGUAAUAUCUCGUACUGAAGCCCCCUAAUCGGUUCGCCUUCUUCAUCUUUCCUCCAUCACAUCAUUAUUAUUAUGGACUCGUUGCCUGGCAUCUGUCUCCAUUUCAUUUCCUGGACUGGUGUCGUCGUCGGAUGGCAUGCUCAGGGUGCUGUGUAACAUACGGGGCCAUGGCAUCUUUUCGGAUAGUACAUCACACAGUUCGGAAUAUAUACCCUCUGCAAUGAUUUAUCGUUGUUUGGUGUGUUCAGC